ACAUGUCAGUAUGUCACGAGGCUCGUGACCCCAGGAUGUCUAGUGUGAGUCGCCCCAGGUGACCCAAGUAGUGUGCCGUCGCGACGACACGAAAAUUCCACGAGCCCCUCGUGACCGCUCUGCCUUCGACAACGAGAUGGAAAUGGCGGCGGCGGCCGUCGGCGUGCUGCUGCCGUUCCCGUUCUACUGGGCGCUCUGGAACCACCCGCAGCGGUGGGUCGACCUGUGCGGCGGAGGCGGCGGCGGCGUGGACCCGUGCCGCCGGAUGGCGCAGGUGUCCCACGUCCUCAAGGCGCUGCAGCUCCUCGCCCUCGCCUCCGUCGCCUCCUUCUCCUGGCCGCCGCCGCUCUACUCCGUCGCCCUCCUCGCCGUCGGCCAGUACCUCAAUUUCAAGGUGUACCAGCUGCUCGGUGAGCCAGGCACCUACUACGGUGUUCGAUUUGGAAAGAAAAUCCCAUGGGUGACAGAAUUUCCAUUUGGUUAUAUCAAAGACCCUCAAUAUGUUGGCAGCAUGCUCAGCCUUGUGGCACUGCUUUGUUGGGUUCCAUUCCAAUAUGUUCUUCUCUGGUGCCUCGGCUACGUUUUCAUGAUGUGGGUGGAAAGCAAGGAAGAUCCUGCCACUCGUGCCAAGCUGCUCUCCUGAUCACUUAGCUGCUGUUGAAUCUGUAGCAGGCUGUCCCUUAGCUGUUCUUCUUGGAUGCCUCUCUGACAAUGAGUGAAAGUCUGAACUUGAUCGGUUGGUUCAAUAAAAAGUGUGUGCCAUAUUUUUGCUGCCAA